AACCAGAACACGUAGCACUUCGUUUACCACUGAAACACAAAACCCCACACGACGUCGUCUUAAACCAUUUUCAUUCCAAAAAACCCUCCAUCACUGCGAAACAUUUCUUGAGAUUUCAAACAAUCUGCAGAAAGGGUCAUGUCUAUUGCGCAUCCUCUUCAUCUUAAUGGACUUACUGCAGGAGCAGUCAAUAUAUCACCUUGUUCAUCUCGAAGUGAUGGUAAAAGGACAUCACAGAUUAAAAUUCAAUCUCUGAACUGUACUUCAAGGAGCAUGUCUUGUGUUUGUAAUGCAAGUUCUGGUAGUUACAGGAGAAACCCCGACUUUCCAAAGCAAAACAAGCAGGGAUUUUCUCGCAGUAGAAACAAGCAAUUUGAAGAUAGAGAUGGCUCUGACAAUCUUGAAGAUUCUGAAAUAUUCCCUUCCAAGAAUGGGGCACUGCAUUCUAUGUCUGGUAACCCAAAAUACCAAGCUACAGCAGCUCCAGGCCCCAAGGAGAAAGAGAUUGUAGAGUUAUUUAGAAAAGUGCAGGCCCAACUCCGAGAAAGAGCUGCAAUCAAGGAAGAGAAGAAGAUUGAAGAACCACAAGUACAAGCUAAAAAGAAUGAAACAGUUGAUUCUCUCCUCAAGCUCUUAAGGAAACACUCAGUUCAGCAGGGGAAGCGAACUAAUAAUAGCUCUGUUAGUAGUAGUAGGGAUUUCAUACUGGACCAGCCUGAACUUAAUGGUUCAUUUACAACAGGGAAAAGCUCCAGUUUCUUCAGACCAAAUAACGAUGAGAAAAGCAAGUUCCAAGAAAGUGAACCCUCGUCUGUUGGCAGGCCCAUGUCAAGUUUUCGACGAAGAUCUCCAGUCCCUCAAUUUAAGAAACAACCCACUUAUGUGGAGGAAGAUACUGUGAGUUCUAUCACACAUACAAAUCAAGAGGAGAAACAAAAGGACACUUCUUACCUUGAGCAUGAAGUUGAGCAUAAGCCUAUACUUAAAUUAAAGGUUGACCCUGUUGGCCAUGAUGAUUCUCGAGUGGAAUCUGAUUCUGCUUUUCCUGAAGGAGACCUGUUUGGUGAGAUGUCUGAUGGUGAAAUGACAGAAACUGAUGAAAGCAAUAGCGAUGAGGAUGCAGAUGAGCAGAUUUUGAGCAAGGACAUAGACUUGAGCGGAAUGAAGCUAGUCGAGUUGAGGGCUUUAGCUAAAUCUCGUGGCAUGAAAGGUUUUUCAAAACUGAAGAAACAGGACCUCAUUCAGCUUUUAGCUGAAGAUUCCGUAUGAUCACCUCUAUACUUGCAGUAAACACAUUAAUUUGCUAGGCCAUUUUGAAUUAUGAUAUAUUUCAUUUAGAGGAACUGUCUUUGUGAUGUAGACUUUUGCUAUUAGUAAGAUCUUUCUUUUUAUCAA